GGCAACAUUUCCUACUUAGCUUGCACACUUCAGACAAGCCAAACCUGCAUUGCUUUGCCCAUAUGGUGGAUUCCUAACUGAAGAAUGUCAGAGAUUGUCAAGCCACUAACAUCGUUUUUCAUUAAGGACAUCCUGUCCAUUAAAGAAAAAAAAACUCAACAUUUCAGGUGCUACACCUCAAACAAGUCCAAGGAGGGACACGCACAAUGGAAUAACCAACAGCCCAAUAAAGCAUCACAUACGGAGGAACUUUUGCCACAGGAUACAACAUUUAGUGAGCAGAAAGACUCCAUUGACUGCUCUUGUUCCAGCACCCCAGGUGCCAUGAGAAGUUUUACAUCAGUCAGAAAACAAAAGCGCUCACGAGCUGCUUUUACACACAUGCAAGUGCUAGAACUGGAGAAGAAAUUUAACCACCAGAAGUACCUGUCCGCUCCUGAAAGAGCCCAUCUUGCCAACACAUUGAGACUGACAGAGACUCAAGUGAAAAUCUGGUUUCAGAACAGAAGAUAUAAAACCAAACGGAAGAAGUAUGCCACAGAGUACUCUCAGGACAACUUUCAAAAGUCAGAAGGACUAAGUACAGAGGGUGAAUUAGUUAGAGCUUCUCUUCUCAACACAUUCUACAAAUCAUAUCAACACUUAACAUAUGUGUAUGACUUCAAUAGCACAUGGAGACCAACACUCUGAACAUUACAUAUUCAGUACUGGACAAUUUUUAUGUAAAGAUGGAAUUUGAUCUAUUCAGCACAGUAAGCCAACCUACUUCAGUCAUAAACUGUCCUUUUUUUUAUUUGUAGCCGCUAUGAGUAUGUAAAAAUGGGGGGAAGAUUCCUUCACUUUGUUACUUGCAUUUCUUGAAGAUUUUUCUAUCUGAAGUUGCAACAAAAUAAAGAGUGACUUUUAAAUUUAAAGUAAUUGAAAGUAUAUUGCAGUGUCAAGGUAUUUGCCAGCUGUAGUUAAAUCUUGCUAAAUGUCUCAUAACCCAUGAAGUUCACCAAAUAAUAUAGACAGUGCAAAUAUUUUCAUUACUAAGAGUAGUUAUGGUUACAAAAAAAGGCAAAGCGUUUACUCAAGUUAACCUUUUCUGCAAGUGAGUACACGUUUUUGCUCAGUGAAAACAAAAGCUCCAUUCUGAAGAAUACAAGAAUUACAAGUAUAAAAUGUGCAUGGCUGGUUGGGACAGGAAAGUGAGACAACAUUUACUACGCCUUUAAAAACUACCUGGAGAAGCCAUUGGUGUUGUUAUAUACAAAAUGUAUAUUUAUACAUACAGGAAAGAUUGCUUGAAAUUAUGGUCUAGACCAUGGUUUGGUUGUGAGCUACUGGAAGUUUUCGAUUAACUUGUUGGAGACAUCUUGUAUUCAGUAAUUGUUUUGAGAGAAACAAUUGUACCUGUAGUUAAACUCUGAAAAAACUAGCAAAUUACAUGAUCAGAUAAGAGUUUGGCUGGGAUUUAAAAAAAAGAUGAGGGUCAUCUUUAAACAACAAUGCUUGGCUUCUUUAACAGAUAAAGAACCCCUAUCAAUUCACAUAAACCAAGGCUUGUUUCAAAAUCAAGAUGUUUUAAAUGACCCUACUGAAGCCCUAUUUCACUCUCCUUACUCUUCCUGGGGUAAGAGUAAGGUUUAAAUAGUAAAAGUAUUAAAAGUUUAAAUUCAAUUAAAUAUGUUCACUAUUUGAGUUCCUCCAAGCAUCCUUAUAAGUCUGACAACAUAUAGAAACAGGGGUCUAUGUCGGAUCCAAAGUUAGUGUUUUAACCUUAAAAGCCAUCAAAUGUGAUGUUUUCCUCAGUACGGCCCAUUGACAAAUAAGUAAAACAUAGUUAAAUGAUAACUAGCAAAUAUAUUUACAAAAGGUUAAACGGUUCAAGAGAUAGAGUUUUAGAGUUAACUGCAUCCAAAUUCAGUGUAGAUUCCCCUGAGGAAAAGUGGCAAGGGAGAAUGCUUAGGGGGUAAAACGUGGUGAAUUCGUCUAGAGGGUGAAUUUAAUUGUAUGCAUUUACUUAUCAAAUAUAUGCUUUCUAAUACAACAUAAAAGUCUCUGUUGGAAUGGAAUAUAUAGAACUGAAUAAGACUUGUGAGUCAGAGCUGUAUAGUAAAUACACUUACAGGUAAAUUGGCAGACUGGCCCUUCGCUCAGGUCAGACCAAAUAACACCAUUUACCUGUGACUGUAUUCAGAACACAAUACUGCCUCUUGUUCGUUAUUGCUCAAUAACGUAAUUGUUUCCAGGUCUUAUAAUGUGAGUCUUCAGAAUCAGCUAAAGGGUCAAAGUGUUUAGACUGACUGUUUUGACCAACAGAAUUCCCACAAGUUUAGUUGAGUAUGUGACACUGCAUGGCAGACAGUAGGGAAGCAAGUAUACUGGCUGUCAUCUGGCACAAAGUACACACUUCAACCAUGAAGCAUCAAGUAAUGGCAUUCUUUGACUGAUCUUUCAGCACAACAAAGACCACAAUAAAGGUUAAAGUCAAAACAAGAGUUCUGGCAAAUCUGUACUUCUGGUUUGCAUUUUAAAGGAGGCCACAUAAAAUACGGAUUUGUUUAAAAUAUAGAGGAAAUAUACAUUCCUUUUCCUUGUAUUAAUGUUUCUUUGUGUUCAUGUUGUGUAGUUUUUUUCU